AUGAGUAUGAAAGAUGUUGAGAAUGAAUCUCAUAAAUUGUAUGAGACAAGUGGAAGCAAGUUCAAUGACACAAUUGUUUUUAAUGAGGUUAUGUGUCAACAUCGAAAAUGGGAUUUACAGCUAGAUCAUGAUGCAACACGAUCACGUCUUGAAUAUGAAGUGGGUUAUGAAGAAAGUGGGACAAAUAUUACUGGUUCAACAAUUAAACGUCCAACGGGUAGAGAUGCGGCUAAAAGAAAAGAAAAAGGUAAGUCUUCUUAUGAAGUUGUUGCAGAACUUCGUGCAAUGAGUCUUAGUAGAGAUAGUGAAGUAGAAGCCAUGAAAAAAAGACUCGAGUUGGAUCAACAAAUGGAGCAAAAAACAUAUGAAAAGGAGCUAGUGAAGAUGCAGAGUUUGCAUUUGAACACACUCCUACAAAAAGAGCACUUGUCAUUUGAAGAAGAAAACAUGAAAUGUUUUCUAAUAUCUAAUUUUUAUGGAAACUAA